AUGAGAUUAAGAUGGGGGUUAGCCAAUGUUGAUGAAUUGCGAGAAUUUGCAGAUUGGAUUCUCAAUGUUGGUGAUAGAAAACUUGGAGGACUUAACGAUGGAGAGGCUAUUAUCGAUAUACCUGAAUAUAUAUUAAUAAAGGGUGCAUUUGAUCCAAUGGCUGCAAUCGUAGAUUGCACAUAUCCUGGAAUUUUUGAUGGUUUAAUUGUUAAUCCGUACUUUUACAGUAGGGCAGUUCUAGCACCCACAAACGAGAUUGUCGAUAAGGUCAAUGAACAUGAUUUAUCACUUUUUCCAGGAGAAGAGGGAUUGUAUUUGAGCUCCAAUUCAAUCGACAAAUUUAUCGCUAAUUAUGAAUGA